GAAAAGAAAAGUGUUUCCGUUUCUCGUUGUGCAUCUCUCCUCCUCCUUAUCGCUAUCGCAUCUUUUCUAACUCCGUCUCCCAUUCAGAUACGGUGUGUGAUAUAAUGUCUUCUGCUACUGAAACCGUAGAAGAGCAGCAAAAGCUUCAGAUUUAUCCGACGUCUAAAGCUGGUGUUUCCCCCUUUUGGCGAGACAAGUAUGAAAGAGAUGCUAAAAAGUAUUGGGAUAUAUUUUACAAGCAUCAUGGAGAUAGAUUUUUUAAAGACCGGCACUAUUUGGACAAGGAAUGGAACAGCUAUUUUUCUGCUAGUGGAGAAAAGGUCAUUCUUGAGGUUGGAUGUGGAGCGGGAAACACCAUCUUUCCGCUGAUUGCUACAUAUCCACACAUAUUUGUUUACGCUUGUGAUUUUUCACCACGCGCUGUUGACUUGGUCAAGGCUCAUGAAGAAUACACAGAGACGCGCGUGUGUGCAUUUGCUUCCGACUUGACCGGGGAUGACCUUGACAAGCAUAUUUCUCCAUCUUCAGUUGACAUUGUGACCAUGAUAUUUGUUUUAUCUGCGGUAUCCCCAGAGAAGAUGCCCUUCGUAUUGCAGAACAUCAAGAGAGUACUUAAGCCAAAUGGGUGUAUACUCUUCCGUGACUAUGCUGUUGGUGAUCUUGCUCAGGAAAGGUUUUCUGGGAAGGAUCAGAAGAUUAGCGACAAUUUUUAUGUCAGAGGCGAUGGCACUCGUGCAUUCUACUUCUCUAAUGAGUUCUUAGAAACUCUGUUUGGGAAGGAAGGUUUUGAAGUUGAAGAGAUUGGUGUUUGCUGCAAACAAGUUGAGAAUCGUUCGCGAGAACUGGUCAUGAAUCGUCGCUGGGUCCAAGCUACUUUCCGUCUAUCAAACGGCACUAAAAACCCAUCUGAGGAGCAAGAAAGAAAAGAGAUUGUUGAUAGUACCGACAUUGACAUAUCCGAUGGUCUUGCAAUGGAAAUGUUCGGAGCCUCCCCAUCUACUCAUGAUAUGAGCGAGUUUAAGCUAAGGGACUCUGCUUUCAAAAUCAAACUUCUGUCCAAAGAGUAUCAACACACUUGCAAAUCCACGGGGUUGAUGCUAUGGGAGUCAGCUCGGUUCAUGGCCUCUGUUCUCGACAGGAACCCAAACAUUGUUUCAGGAAAACGGGUGUUGGAAUUGGGCUGUGGCUGCACAGGGAUUUGCUCCAUGGUAGCCGCCAGAUCAGCUGACCUCGUAGUAGCUACCGAUGCAGACACAAAGGCACUUGCACUACUAACGGAGAACAUCGCAACGAAUCUCGAAUCUUCUCUACUUGAGAAACUGAAAACAGGUGUGCUUGAAUGGGGAAACAGAGAGCAUAUAGAAGGCAUCAAAAGUUUAGCUUCUUGUGGAGGGUUUGAAGUUAUCAUUGGGACAGAUGUUACCUAUGUAGCUGAAGCCAUUAUACCUUUGUUUGAAACUGCAAAAGAGUUGAUGUUGCGGAAAGUGGGAGAGGUUCAGGAGGAGAAGCCAGCGUUGAUUCUGUGCCAUGUUUUCAGAAGGGUUGAUGAGCCUUCUCUCUUGUCAGCUGCGUCUAAGUUUGGGUUCAAGCUUGUGGACAGAUGGGCUAUGAAUUCGAAGGAAUCUCCUGUUGGGAACAUCGUUGACCGUUGGUUUUACGAAAAUGAUUUGGUCGCGGAGAUCCCUAGUUCGGCUUUGCAUAUUCUCUACUUUCAGAUGGAGUAGCCUUGGAGAUUUGAUAAGCCAAGUUCUUAUGAUUUUUCUCCUGGAAUCUCGAUCAAUUGAGUUUUUCUAUAUAAUUUUCAUUAGUGAGUGGAUUGCGUUGGCUGAUCUUGUUUUGUUAUCUUGCAAGAAUCUGGCCUCUUUUAAGAAGGUGCCAGUAGAAUUACAGGGAAUAUAUUGCACUGAAUUUUCGAAGAUU